GAAAACUUAAUGGGCAUGGGUUGAGACCCGAAACUCCAAAUCUCAUUUUCAAGGAAUCGAACUCCCUGUUGAGUGUGUUUGUGCCAAAACCCUUCUGAAUUCGAGACACAGAAAGAGAGAGAAAGAGCCGCGGCAAUGGAGAAACUCUCCAUCUUCAUACUGCUUACAAUCUCGCUCCUUCCCUUUCUCUGCUCCUCAUUCUCACCUGAAUCUCCAACCGAUCGCCGCAUUCUAGUCUUGCUUGACGACUUCUCUCUCAAAUCCUCUCACUCCCUUUUCUUCAACUCACUUAAGUCUCGCGGAUUCGAUCUCGAUUUCAAGCUCGCUGACGAUCCCAAGCUGAUACUGCAUAGAUAUGGCCAGUACUUAUACGAUGGCUUGGUUCUCUUCUCCCCUUCGGUUGAGAGAUUUGGAGGUGCAUUGGAUUUAGCGGCUGUGCUUGACUUCGUUGACUCGGGCCAUGACUUGAUUGUAGCCGCUGAUGCUUCUGCGUCCGAUCUGAUUAAGAGCAUCGCCACCGAAUGUGGGGUUGAUUUUGAUGAAGAUCCGUCGGCUAUGGUCAUUGAUCACAAAAACUAUGCAGUCUCAGAGAUCGAGGGUGAUCACACGUUGAUUGCUGCAGAUGAUUUCAUUCAAUCUGAUGUUAUAUUGGGAAAAACUAAAAUUGAGGCCCCUGUUCUUUUUAAAGGUAUUGCACAUUCUAUAAAUGCAGCCAAUGGCCUGGCCUUGAAAGUCCUUUCAGCUUCAUCUUCAGCAUAUUCAGCUAAUCCUAGUUCCAAGUUGUCAAGUCCUCCUUCACUAACUGGAUCUGCAAUCUCUUUAGUUUCAGUAAUGCAGGCUAGAAACAAUGCUCGAAUUAUGAUCACUGGCUCCUUGGAUAUAUUUAGUAACCGGUUUUUCAGAACAGGUGUGCAGAAUGCUGAAAGCAAAAUAAAAUAUGCAAAAUCUGGUAACGAGCAGUUUGUGACUGAACUUAGCAAAUGGAUCUUCCAUGAAAGAGGUCAUCUAAAGGCUUUUAAUAUUAUUCAUCACAAAGUUGGGGAAGCUGAUGAACCUCCUAUGUAUAGGAUCAAAGACGAUCUGGAUUUUUCUGUUGAGAUAUAUGAAUGGUCUGGAAAGAGCUGGGAACCAUACGUGGCCAAUGAUGUUCAGGUUCAGUUCUAUAUGAUGAGCCCUUAUGUGUUGAAAACUCUCUCAACUGACCAGAAGGGUCUCUAUCAUACAUCAUUCAAGGUGCCUGAUGUCUAUGGGGUUUUCCAGUUUAAGGUCGAGUAUCAGAAGCUAGGCUACACUAGCUUGUCCCUUUCAAAACAGAUUCCUGUUCGGCCUUUCAGACACAAUGAAUAUGAGAGAUUUAUAACAACUGCCUUCCCUUAUUAUGGAGCUUCUUUUGCCACGAUGGCUGGCUUCUUUAUCUUCAGUUUCGUCUACCUGUACAACAAGUGAAGUUCCUACUAUCAUAGAGAGGAUUGAAUCACAUUGACAUGAUUUAAAGUUGCUUUGAAAACUUUUGGAGAAAAACAAAAUUUGAGGGUAGAUAUUGCGAAAUUUCCUCCUCAAAUUUGUUAGAAUAGAAUUAGGGUAUGGUAUUAUCUUAUUGAAGUAUCCAGCACUAAUUUCAGUCGUCUUCGACUGCGUAAUAGUUACUAUUAGUCCACACAGAGUUAAAGGUUUGUUUGACUUCAUUGUUGCAGCUAUUAUUGAAAAGAGGCAAUUAAAGAAUUGAUUUGGCGAUUAACUUUUCAAA